GGUGAGGAGGAAGGGGCAGGUCCUGCCUUCCUUCGGGCUCUCUCAGACUACUUGGAGGCCACUUUUAUUAACUUUUCUAUAAUAUUUCCAUCCGGAGAUCCGCCCGUUUUUCACCGCGGUCUGCGCGCUCAGCGGAGCCGGCGGACCGUGCGCAGUCGCGGGGUAACGGACGGCGACAUGUCGGAGGAAUCCGCGGCCGCCUGGAUGUGACUGGAAGGAGGAUGGAGGAGGAGAAGGAGACUGCUGAGGAGAAAGAGGAGGAGGAAGAGGAGAAAGAUCGCAAUCAUGAUGCAGCUGCGUCUUCUGUGGACGGCCAGGACCUUCCCAUCAUGCAUUGGGAGGACUUGAGUGUUCGGAUAGCAGAGUUGGAGAAACAGGAGCAGGAGAGGAGGGAGAGGUCAAAGGGGGCAACAGAGAGCGCAGUGUGGAGAGGAGUGUGGGAAGAACAAGAGGACGAAGACCUCCGGAGGUGUCGAGUCGCUGUCGUUACUUCUCGAUUUCAUCACACGAACCUGCAGCUGUGCUUCAUCAACAACAGCGACAGCGAAGAUGAGGAGGGAGGAGCCGGCACCAAGGUUUCCAUGGGAACGGGACGCAACGGUUGCCUCGCCACCGGUCUGAAACAGGAAGUGGUGACGGCUCUGAGAACACUGAGAGACAAACUGCUGGCUGAACAGAAGGAGGAGGAGGAGAGAGCGGCUGUAGGCAGCGGUAGUAAUGUCAGGAGGAAACAUCUGGAGAGUUGGGAGCUGCAGGAGUGUUCAGUGCAACAGCUGCGCAACCUGAGAGCAUCACUACAACAAGAUGUACACGCUCUGAGCUCGGAGCUGGUGGCCCACCUGUUGGUACGAGACCAGCUGAGGACCAAACAGGACGCCAUGCUGCUGGAUGUCCAGGACCUGACCUAACACCGGAUAAUGGGAAACCCGUCAGCCAAACCACAGAUGAUCCAACAGGUCAACCGGGACUUGUUUAUGUCGACAAAUGAGCGUCCAGAGGAACAGAAGGAAGUCCAGCCUCGGGUCCAAGGAUGUGCUCUGCUGGAAAACUGAAAGAGGAAAACAGCAAUUCUGUCAUUUACAGGAUGAAGUGUAACUCUGUGUCCAGGGGAGAGUAUAAGAGAUGGAGGUGACAUUUUUUAUCUGUGGUAACUCACAAUACACUAUACAGUCAUGGAAAAAUUUAUUAGACCAUCAAAAGUCAUGAGAAACAAUGGUUAUGCAAUCAAGUCCUAACUCCUGUGUGUAUCAUGUGACUAAAACAGACAGAAAAGAAAACA